GAACUUGACCUUUCUCGUCACGCGGCAAAAGGAGGUGACCAGAGGCAACAGAAUGUGGGGCUCCUGUACUUUUAAGAGGUGCGCAGGAGGAGGAAUGUCGGCAGGUGCCACUUCUCACUCCCGAGUCCUGUGACAGGAUAAGCGGCACCUGCCCAAGUUCCUUUCCUUUCCCACACAGCUUCCCGGGCUGCGGGCGACCCCGACUCAGGCCAAGCCACAGGCGCCUCAGUCAAGGGUCACCCAAUGCCGCCGAAAAGGCUCCCAGGUAUAUCGGCGGGGAAUGGCGGUUGACAAGUAGCGACGCCUCUUCCCUCAGCCCGGACACCUUCGGCCCUGGAAGGUGAAAAAACGCAGGUGGCUCGCUCGUCCGCCUCGCGUUACGAGACCGUGAAUGGGUGUCGGCCGCAGAAAGCAAGGCCAGCCCAGCGCCCCCGGUCUCCAGCUGCUUCUCUCGGUACUCACAGCCUGUCUCCUUCUUGAUCUCCUCAAUCUCCUCGUCCCGAAGCAGCGUGGAAGCCCGGGAGCCCAUCGCGGCUGCUGCCUCACGGCCGGACAACCGCCUGGACGAAGCACCAGAGGGACUGCUCUUGGCCUAAGGCCGGCGGUCCUCCGUGCGGCGAGUCGGCCAGCCAAUCAGCCGCGCAGACGCUGCGCCAGCGACCGAGAUUGCGAGGGACACAGAGGGCCAGAGCGCCGCCCCUCCUCUUAUCGCCGCCGCGAGCUCCGCCCCCGUCCCGCCCCCGGCAGUUCGAGGGAGACCACGGUAGCCCCGCCUACCGCGCGUUACGCCUGCGCAGAACGACCCUCCUGCCUUCUCGGUUGCCCUGAUCGGUCUGAUUCUGACGUCACCGUGGGCGGUUUUUAAUCGUUCUCUGGGAAAAAAAAUACCAGCUCCAGUCCACAACGGCGGUUAUAUCUACCUUGUAUUUGAUGAACUUGGCAUAGGCAUUUAAAAAAUAUUACACCAUUCUAUGCUGGUUAGCCUCGAAAGUGUUGAAAGGUAGCGGGUUUACCCCCCCUCCCCAAUUAUUGUUUACUUUCCAGUCUGGCGAGGCGCAAAGGACUGUGGGAAUUGUAGUCUGGCGCUUACGCCCUCCUAGUGGUUGCGCCGGCUUCGCGGUCUUUAAGCUAGUCAUGCAUUCAUUUCUAUGUGAAGUCCAGGAAGUCCUCGUGAGUGGAGGAGCUGUGAAAUAAUUUUACGUUGCAGGUUUUCAAAAUGGCCUCAGCUUUCCUAGGCGAGAAGAAGCUGCCCCUUAGCUGUAGUGUAUAUUUUUAUUUUUAUUUUAUUUUAUUAUUCAUUACAUUUGUAUACCGCCCUAUACCCAAUAGAUCUCAGGGCGGUUCCCAACAAUAUGUAACUUAAGCUCUUUUUCCUCUGCUGACAGUGUUUUAUUUCAGGGAAAUGCACAAGAGUUUUCAGACAAAACGUAAUAAAUAGUGGCUAUUCUAAUCUUGGUGUUGAUAGUCAACAAUGCCCAUUGUCAAAAUUGUUAAUCUCCUGACUGAAGGGGCAAUCCUUUCACAUCAGUUUCUUUAUCAGGUGCAGCUACUUUUAAUAAGAUCAAAGGCAGAGGAAGCAACCUGUUACACCAUCAUGGCUCACUUCUAAGGCACCUUUUUGUAAAUAAGACUACAAAAAGCUCCUCGGCUUCAAGAGUACGGUAUUUAAAAGCUUGCUGGAAGCCUGCAGAGGGGAAAAGGGAGAAUUCUGGUUAUCUUGCAAAAAGUCUGCUAUAUUUGUGUGGUGAAUGCGGAGCAGCAGGUUCCUAUAAUCUCACAGUUUUCUUGGUUUCUAUGUUGGGUGUGGUUUCAUGGUUUGUCUGCCGGCCUGAUCACUUGCAUUUGGCUACCAAGGCUGUGGUCCUAUCCCCACUUGUUUGGGAGUAAGUUCCUAUUUAACUCUAUAUGGUUUACUUUUGAAUAGACGUAUAAGAUUGCAAUCUUAUCAAUAUGUAGAAAGCAAUUCUUACUGAAUUUAAUAGGCCUCAUUUUUGAGUAAAUCUGUUUGGGAUUGUUCUGAAGUUGUGCUGAAUACGGCCAAGAAUCUCACAUACAUCUUAAUGCCUUGGUAUUUAUUAUUGGAUUAUUUUAUCUUUCAUGCUGUUUUAUUGUAGCUUGCCCUGGAAGAGUGGGCUAAAAGCACAUUUUAGUAAAAAAAAAUAUAGACUUGAAUUUGUCAGAAAAACCUAGAUCGGUAUGGCACACACUUCCACCUUAAUUUCUUUAAACCUGCAGUUUUCUAGAUUUUGGACAAGAUAAAGUGUCUUCCUCCCACUUCCUUUUCAUACCUUAUUGUGAUAAAGUUUCAAAAACUGUGACACUCAAGAGCUGGUUUAUAAUCCUUGUGGCACUAGUUUGUCUUAAAUUUAUUUUUAGAAUUAAAAUCUAAUAUGGAUGUCAUUUUAUCCCUUGGUGCUAUGUGUAUUGAUAAAAUGAGAUGAAAUGAGUGCCUAAAGCAUAUUUCAAGUUCAGCAAAAUGUAAGUUUAAGGAGUUGUAAAAACUAUGUAUGUAUGCAUUUUAUAUGUAAGCAGCGUGUCAGUAAUUUCCUCAGUUUGCUUUUAUCUUCCUGCCUUUGAAUUCUUCCUUCAAAUUCUAUACGUAAUAGACCAAUUGUUGGUAUCAAAGUGGCAAUCUUAUAAGAUUAUUCUUCCUCAGAGAUUUGCCAGACCCCAAAAUAGAAAACAGUGUCUCUGUAUUCUGAAAUAGGGUGUGUCAUUACUUACAAAACAGGUUUUAAUGGAAUAACAAACUUUUCAAAUACAUUCUUCAAAGUCACAAAUUCCUUGCAGGCCUACCUGGGGGCUCGAGUGACUGAUAAUGCUGCUCUUUGUUUUUGCCUUAAACUGCAAAAAGUAAGCAAAACUUUAAUUACAUAUGCACAAAACUUCAGUGAUAGUGGUGGGAACUGAUCUCUGGAUAAUGAAAAGUGAUGUGAUAAGCAUUUGAUUCUUUUAAAUGGGCAGACUUGCUAGUUCCCACACAUUAAAACGCUGCAGCUGUGCAUAAAUACCUCUUUCCAUUUUAAAAAAUAUGCUGUAGUUUUGUUUGGCUGACCCCUGGGCAAAAGGUUUCAAAUAGUUUCUCUCUUUAAAAUUAUAUUUAGUGGUGGCUUCAAGCUGUAUGGAGGAUAAAGCUUAUCAUAUUUUACUCUCCAAUAUCAAGGGAUAACACAUAGAGUUGGCUAGUGCCAAGAUGAAGUGUAUUAAAUAACAGCAUUUACAUGAAAUCACCUUAAUCCACCUUUAGAGCAGGUGUAUUAAAGAUACAAAUUUGCUCAAUUUUAGUUUGCUCAAAUUGUUUCCAUAGCCCACUAAAGGUGCUAGCUGAUUGCAGUUUCCAGUAUGUAGAAUUGCAUGCUGAACUGUUAUUACUACAAAUUGCAAAUAUCCAAAACAGCUGGAUUUUAUGACUAACAGAACUAACUAUGUCUACUUUUAAGUAGGUCCUAUUAACAUCAGUGGGGUUUACUUCCAGGUAAGUGGGAUUAGGAUUGCAGCCUUAAUGUUUUCUUUCUGAUCACACUGGAGUAGUUUUGAAUUGUUUGACUUUUUCUGCAACAUUAGCCACUUGUUUGACAAGCCUUUUUACAUUUAAUUUUUUACUGUGCAAUCUGUGCUCUGCAAUGUCACUUUAUAGGAAAUUUCUUGGCCUGGAUUUUUAUGAUACCCUAUUCCAUGGGAAGCCUAUUACCAUAUUUUUCUGUGUAUAACACGCCCCCAUGUAUAAGACGCCCCCUGUUUUUGGGGACUCAAAAUUAAGAAAAUGGGGGGAGAUUGCCUCCAUGUAUAAGACUACUCCCCAUUUUUAACAUUAUUUUUUAGUAAAAAAAAACCUAGUUUUAUACACAGAAAAGUACAGUAAUUGAAAUAUUUUUCUUGCUGCAGUUCUUGUUUACCUUACGUAGUUUAUCUUUAGUGUCCCUGUUAACUGUAGAAUAAUUUUUAUAAUAGUACUAAUGAUAACUUAACAGAAAGCUUUUCUGUUUAGUUUCUUAUUUAGGCUGAGCACCAGAUUCCUUGAAGGAUAAAAAACAUAAUGGAUCCUAGCAGCAAUUACCACUUCCUUCAUGACAUCCUGAGGAAAACUGUGAAAAUCACACUGAAAUGUGGCACAUUCCAAGGGGUGCUGCAACAUGUGGAUUCCAGCCGAAGCAUCUUUCUGAACAGAGGUUCUACAUUUGUUUUGAACUAAAUAAUUUCUAUUGGAAACUGUUUUUUCAACUAUUAUUAGGGGAGAUCCUUGAAUUUUCUAGAAGCAAUGGUCUAUGGAUUAGAAGUGUAUGUUGGUCUCUCUAAUGGUUAUCAAAUGAUAAAGCCUUAUAUUAUAAAGCCUCUAAAUAUCUGUCACACAAUGAGUUAUUAUACUCAAAAUUUACAAAAAUCUUUAGCAUCGCUAUAUCCCUGUCUCUCAGAACUUUUGAAAACUGAUCAUUUUCCUUACGUCAGUCUAUGGGCAUCUCUCCACUCUUCACCCCGACGUUUCCAAAUUUUAGAUCUGGCUCGCAGGCCACCAGUUGGUCAUCCCUUUUCAAUACAGCCAUCUGUCAAUGUUAGUAUUUGGGUGUAAUAGUCAAAAUAAAUUUCUGUAUUGAAUAUCCUUGGAAUGCUUACCUACACAAUUUGAAAUGUUAAAAGCAAAAGGGUUACAAGGGGUGCUAAAUAUAAUUGCUCCUGUGUUCCAGGACUGCAUGAAAUACUAGCCCAUACAGCUCUUGCUGUUCUUCUUCCUUAGGUUAUCUAGGUGAUGGUUAUUUAAGGUAUGUGGAUGUUUGAUGUUACAUGCACAUGGAAAAAUCCAAAUAAAAGAACAAGUAUAUUGGUAGUAUUUCACUGAUAGUAGUUCCCUAUAAAAAGGUAAAGGACCCUGGACGGUUAAGUCCAGUCAAAGGUGACUAUGGGAUUGCGGUGCUCAUCUCGCUUCAUGCUGGGGGAGCCAGCGUUUGUCCACAGUCAGCUUUCCAGGUCAUGUGGCUAGCACGACUAAAUCGCUUCUGGCACAAUGGAACACUGAUGAGUGCCAGAGUGCACAUAAAUGCCAUUUACCUUCCCGUCGCAGAAGUACCUAUUUAUUUACUUGCACUAGUGUGCUUUCAAACUGCUAGGUUGGCAGAAGCUGGGACAUGAGCAGAUUCAAACCUCCAACCUUCCAAUCGGCAAGCCCAAGAUGCUCAGUGGUUUAGAUCACAGUGCCACCCACGUCCCACAGUUACGCUAUAUGAGCAUGUAAAAUGCAGCAUAAUCCUUUUUAAAUUUACUCAAAGGUAAGCCCCAUUGAGGUAAUUUGAUGUAUGACCAAAUAAGGGUGCAGCCUAAUUUCAUAAAUAGCCCAAAUUCCAAGAAUCUCUAGAAUCAGGGAAUGUACUGGAUUACUCAGUGCUUGAGGUGUAUUCCUGGCAGACAGUAGCAGAACAGCAUUCCUCUCUUCUGCCUUCAGUGGUAUUUGCUGUCAUUUCCUAUUACUGCAAAUAUUUGAUCCUGGAUGAGCAGGAGGUAGGUUGGAUUCUUAGUUGCUGGUAUCCAAGCACCAUGGUUUAGGGGAUUUAGCUUCCUAAAUCAACACCCAUCUGGAAAUGAUAGAAAGCUGUGUUUUUUUUCUGCAACAGGCUAACACAGAGAUCAGUUAUACGAGACAUUGGAAACUUCUCAGUGAAAAGCAUUCCUGAUUUUACAGCCUGAGUAUAAUAAUGGUGCCUUUCUAGUACUCUAACUGCACCAAUCAGCAAAUAAUGUUUUUAGCAAGAGAUUAAUAAUAAUAAUAAUAAUUUUAUUUAUACCCGGGCCAGAGCCGGGCUCAGGGCUGCAAUCCCCAAUAAAAUUACAAUAAAACAUAAUGGGGGGGGGGACAAACAAACAAACCAACCAGUUUAUUAAAAUACAGGUUAAAAUACAAUUUAAAAUAGCCUCAUUUUAAUAGUAGCCCAUAAAUCAAAACCAUAAGAGGAGGGAAACAUAAGGGUCAGACUGAGUUCAAACCAAAGGCCAGGCAGAACAGCUCUGUCUUGCAGGCCCUGCAGAAAGAUGUCAAAUCUCGCAGGGCCCUAGUCUCUUGUGACAGAACGUUCCACCAAGUUGGGGCCAGUACUAACUACCUUGUAGCUUGGGACUUCCAAAGUGUUGUUAUUUGUGGACCUUAGGGUCCUCCGCAGGGCAUACCAGAAGAGGCAGUCCCGUAGGUAUGAGGGUCCUAGGCCGCAUAGGGCUUUAAAGGUCAAAACCAGCACCUUAAACCUGACCCAGUACUCCACCGGGAGCCAGUGCAGCUGGUAAAGCACUGGAUGAAUGUGAUCCCAUGGCAAGGACCCCCUAAGGAGCCUCGCCGUGGCAUUCUGCACCCGCUGAAGUUUCUGGGUCAGCUUCAAGGGCAUCCCCACGUAGAGCGAGUUACAAUAAUCAAGCCUGGAGGUGACCGUCGCAUGGAUCACAGUGGCCAGAUCAGGGCGAGAAAGGUAAGGGACCAACAGCUUGAUACGGCGGAACUGGAAAAAUGCCACCUUUGCUGUGGCUGCAACCUGUGCCUCCAUGGAAAGGGAGGCAUCGAAGGUUACACCCAAGUUCUUGACAGAAGGAGCUGGCACUAAUUGAGCCCCCGCAAGAGGUGGGAGUUGACCCCCCAACCCCAUGUCGUCCCAACCCAGCCAGAGGACCUCUGUCUUUGAAGGAUUUAACUUCAACCGGCUCCCACGCAGCCAUCCAGCCACAUCUUCCAAGCGUCUGGUUAGUGUGUCUGGGGCCGAGUCAGGGCGGCCGUCCAUCAACAGAUAAAGCUGGGUGUCAUCAGCAUAUUGAUGACAACCCAGCCCAAAACUCCAGACAGUCUGGGCAAGGGGGCGCAUAAAGAUAUUAGCAACAUUCCAUAACCGCAAAUAAUUUCGUUGUGUUCGCUGGAUGCGGGUGGUGCUGUGGUCUAAACCACUGAGCGUCUUGGGCUUGCCAAUCAGAAGGUUGGUGGUUCGAAUCCCCGAGACAGAGUGAGUUCCUGUUGCUCUGUCCCAGCUCCUGCCAACCUAGCAGUUUGAAAGCACACCAGUGCAAAUAGAUAAAUAGAUACCGCUGCGGUGGGAAGGUAAACGGUGUUUCCAUGUGCUCUAGUUUCCAUCACGGUGUUUCAUUGCACCAGAAGCGGUUUAGUCAUGCUGGCCACAUGACCUGGAAAGCUGUCUGUGUACAAAGGCCGGUUCCCUCGGCCUGAAAGUGAGAUAAGCGCUGCACCCCAUAGUCGCCUUUGACUGGACUUAACCGUCCAGGGGUCCUUUAUCACUGAAAUGAUAGGGGCCCUAUCGUUUUAUCACUGAAAUGCUUUUGGCAGUAGCUAUCCACUUUCCUCAAAAUCUGCUGCUAGCACGGCACAUGGAUCUAUUAUGUGGCAUCUCAAGGAGAUUGACUAGAUUUCCAGAGUUGUUUACUUAAUGCUAAAUAUACAAUAUAAUAACAAGAUUUCAUUUACUGUACUGAAAAUUCCUUAGCAGCUGUCUGCAAGUUAAGCUUUUUAAAUUUGUCCUACUAAAUUCAUUGGAAGAACACUGGAAUGCAAAUUCUUUUAAGAUUUAUUUACUUGGAUGAAAUGCAGGUGUUUGUUCAACUUUUAUCACAUGCAAGAGAAUUUCAACAGUGUUGGCAUAUAAGGCAUUAAAUAUAUCCAUAUUUUAUAUAGUCAAAAAAGGCUAAUCUCAGCUGUGCUGUAUAAAUUUCUCAAUAGUUGGCAUCCUUUGAUGAAUUCCAAAGUAAUACCUUAAGCAACUGAUAGGGUAGAAUCAUCUCUCACAGUUACAUGUGCAGACAUCUGCUGCAUUUUCUGUACCAGUUACAGCAGAACAUUAUGUUUUUUGGCAUGAAUUUAUUCAUUUGUUUGUUUAACAAAAUCUAUAUACCACCUGAUUGUAAGAAAACCUAAGUGGUUUCUAGCAUUUUAUUAUGCUAAAAAGGAUAAAUAUUCUAAGAAUUUGAUUCUUUACAUAGCAGUCUGGAUCCCUCAUAUUCACUUUUUCAAGGAACAAACAACUUUUUAUUGUCUAGAUUUCUGUCCUGCCUCGUUCCUGAACUUACAAAGUAGCUAACACUAGUAAAAAGGAAAAAGAAAUAAAAAUAAAAAGCAAAUAAAACAAACAUAUAGAUUAGCCAAGAAGAUUAAGUUGAAAGGACAGAAAGAACCGAAAUCAUAACUAAACUAAAUGCCAUUAAAAUAGGAUAGGCCUUGCCAGGUGCCUAAAAGAUAGGUAAUAAGAUGCUUGGCAAACAUUAUUUAGGAGGGAGUUCCAUAAUUUAGGAGGCACCACAGAAAAGGCUGUUUUCUGGUGGUUACCCACAAACCUUAGAUAGUGAAAACAGUCUAAGAACAGCUUCCAGCGAAGGCCUUGUCCUGACAAAAAUGUAGGUUGCUCUGGAAGAAUCACUUAAUCACAUUCUUGUCUAUUGGAAUAAGUAUGACUACUCUGGCUCAUUUGGUGUGUAGGUUGCAAUCUGAAACUGCAAACACCUACAUAGGGUGUUAGGCCACACUGAUUUGAUUGACGAUAAUAAUUUUAUUAUUUAUAUGCUGCCCAUCUGACUGGGUUGCCCCAGCCAUUCUGGGUGGCUCCCAACUAAGAUUUAAAAACACAACAAAACACGAAACAUUUAAAAACUUCCCUAUACAGGGCUGCCUUCAGAUGUCUUCUAAAAGUCAGAUAGUUGUUUAUUUCCUUGACAUCUGAUGGGAGGCAAUUCCUGCCUGGUUCCCUGUAACUUCACUUCUCAUAGUGAGGGAACCUGGAGACCCGAGGUUCUACUCCCUUGGUUUAGUUCCUCCUAUUAUUUUGAAUGUGUCUUUAUUUUAUUAUUAUUUAUGUGGAAUACAUUUUAAUUCAUACUCUUCUCUGAGAUCCUUUGGAAUGAAGGGCAGGCUGAAAAUAAUAUAAAUAUACAUACAGUGCUUGGCUUUUAAACUUCACCAUUUUAAACAGGACAGUAAAGAAAUAUCAUAAAACAGAUUAGCUCAGUAUAGUGCUACAAAGCACCUUAAGAAAAUAGGAUUGAUGCACACAAUUUAAAAAAUCCUCAAUGUACUGUACAUUAGCUAUACUAAAAGUAUGGUGCCCACCUAAUUAUGAAGAAGCAAACUAUACAGUGAGCAAACUGUUCAAAGGUUACAAGAAAGCUUGACGGUUGGAUGAUUUUCACAGAAUUCCACUCUGCUAUGUUCACCAGUGAUGUUUUAUAUCUCAUGAUUCUUAAUAAUAAUUAUAAUCAUUAUUUAUUAUUUAUACUCCGCCCAUCCGACUGGGUUUCCCCAGCCACUCUGGGUGGCUCCCAACAGAUUAAAAACAGAAUAAAACAUCAAAUAUUAAAAACUUUUCUAAAUCCUUUUUGCUUUGGUUAAAGGCCACGGCACUUACCUUACUGUAUUUUGUUUACUUCAGUUAAGAACUUGGAAAGUGGCAGAUCUGUACCAGGAGUAAAGAUGUUCUUUGGCCAUGAAAUUGUCAAUGGUGAGAAUAUAUAUCUUUAGUUAUACUCAGAAAUUCUUGGUUGGGUUUAAUGCCAUCUGACAGUUCUUUUUGUCCCACCCCUUUUCAAAUGAGGUUCCCUACUCAAGGAUGCAUAUGCAUGAGCGUAGCCAGGAUUUUUGUUGGGGGGGAGGAACAUGACUUUUGUGGGGAGGGCAAAAUCAAUGUGAUUGGUCAGUUGGUUAAGUAUUUCUAUUGUUUUACUUGAUCUGCCCCCCCUUGACUAUCCCCAUGUGCCUACAUCCAGUUCAGUGAAACUGACAAAUAUAUGUGCAAUUUUAUUACAGUGAGUAAUACCACAGGAUUCAUAAAAUGCUAUGGAAAAGCUGUAAUAAAGAUCUGUUGGUCACAUUUCAACACAUUACACAAGUUAUUUCCAACAUUUUACAAAAAUGCAUGUUCCAUGAAAAGCUGCAAGUCAAGUACCCAUUAAUAUUGUCUUUGCAUAUCCUUAAAGCCAAUACAUGCUCACGUAUGAUCUGAAGCUUUGAUGGCAGUACAGUAGAUAGUGGAAUGAUUUAAGCAUUAAAUAAUGAAUAUUUCAUGUUUGUGAUCAUUAUAAUUAGAAUCAUCAGCAUCAGUAUAUUUGUAUGUCUCUUUGCUAUGGUAGAACGGCAGCUCAUAACAUACAGAAUAAAAUAUAACAACAUUUCAAGAUAAUGCAUUAACACUUACAAAACACAACACAGUUUAAGCAAAAAGCCACAGUACUAUUAAUAGGGCAAACAAACAUAUCACGUUAAUAAACACUGAAACAAUGCCUAACAAUAAAAUACAAAGCAUCCAAACAGCAGCAAAAACAAUGCCCCCUGCAGGAAGAGUGGGGAAAGCAAGUGAAAAAACUCUUCCUUGUUGGUUCCAGCAGACUCUCCUCUGUAGCAAUGAAUUGGUGGCUGCUAAGGUAUUAAGUUGUAAAUUAGGAAAUAGCUUGCUCAGAGCUUGCCUCUUCCAAACUUCUCUCAAUCUUAGGCUACAAACCUCUCCCAUUGGAGUAAGCCCCCUUGAACAGAAUAGGAUUUACUUUUGGGUAAACUGGAUUAUACAGUAAGUCUUCUGUUUGCAAUAUGGUUAUAAUAAUAAUAAUAACUUAGCCUACACAGUUAUUGAUAGAUUACAGGCAAAGCUCAAUAAAAGCAUUUAGUAAAAGCUCUGAGAACUAUAUGGAGGAAGGGUUGACAUGAAAGCAUUUGAAGGUCAUAUUGUAAGCCUGUAGAACAGACAUUUUCAGAAGCUUUUGCCCUGCUCUCUCUGAAAUGUACACCUUUUAAGUCUUACCUCAAAGCCUGUGUUUUAAAAGGACACUUUUAUUCCUGUGGAGGCAUCACACACCCGUUACCCUUGCAACCUUUCCCGCCCUUGUCUGCUGCUGAAUGUCUCGCCUUUUGUCAUGGGAAUGAUUCUGCUCUAUUUAUUAAUGGCUGCACUCAGCCUGCCUUACCAGGUCGGUCUGGCCCUCUUAGCAUAGGCAAGUCUAGGAAUUUCCAUGUUUGGCACAGUUUAGUCAAACCUUCAUUAAUUCUAACUUUUGCUAAUUCUGCCAAAAUCUAAAAUGUAUGCAUGGAAGUUGCAAUUGUCAUUUAGGGACAUAAUAGAAAUCCUUCAUAACAUUUUCAAACUUGCCCUUCAUUGGUAAGAUUCAAACCAAAUUUGGGGUAUGGGAGGAAAACCUACGUAGGGUUGUAUCAAAUGAAUGGGCCGCCCAGCAGAGUCUUAGGGGCUGCAUAUUCUGCAGCCUUUCUCAAUUCAGUGAGCCCUGUUUCCAUUCUCUCCCCCUGGCCCCUUCCCUGUUUCAUUCUCAAAUCCUUGUGCACUUCCCAUUCUACCUUCUCAAGGACCUUGUUUUCAGAUCCUGAAUAGGCAGCCUGUUGUGGAGAGCAUAAUAGUACUGUAAUACUAGCUGCUUUUGUCAAUAGAGCCAAAGCGGUUUUUGGAGAGAUUCUGUAGAAUAGGCUAGUGUAACUUCUAUCCUAUUUCCUAUUUCCAUGACAUGUUUGCAUUUAAUUUAACCCUCUUAAGAGUCAUGCUAUGCUUAUUGCCCUGUAGAAUGAGUGCCUCUUUUCUGAUCCUGGUAGCUUCCUUUCUUCUUGGGAGUCAUGAUUGCAUUCUUCAUUUGCCAGUAGAGUUUUUGGCCUAUCUUCAACUUUCUAGGUAUUGUGUAGUUCCUCAUUGAAGGCAAAAUCUGUAAUUGGAGCUGUAUAUUCAUGUUUCAGUGGAAUUAAUUGAUGACUCGGAACAACACACUGCAGAAGGAAAGACAACUCCUAUCAGGUACGUAUGAAGAGUUUUAUCAUCAAAGAUCACUGGUGAACUUGGAUAUUAGGAUACGUUAGGUGGAAAAUCUUAUAUGUAUACUGAUUCAGCAAACUAAAGCAGUCCAGAAGCCUACUACUUGCAAGAUGGCUGUAAUCUAUUGUCCCAUAACCUUUUACAGGAUAGCCAGUGAACUUUGCACGUUGCCUCUGUAGUUCUUAAUUUAAAAUAACCUCUGUUUCUGGGUCCAGCUUCUCAUUAUUACCCUUCCUCCACAACUGAAGCAAUAUUUUGUGUUGGGGGCGGGGUGAGGAGUGGCAUGGUCCUAUGUUAUGUAAUUUGAAAAAAAUUGAGCUAAAUUUCAGGGAAUCUCCAUUCAGAGGUAAACAAACGUUACUUCCGGAAACCACUACAAGCAAUUCCAGUUAGGAUUGUGAUCUUAACUCUAAUUCUCCUUGCUUGCAUUCUACUAUUUUUCUGCUGAGGAUCUUCCCUUCCUUGCUUCUAGGGUAACCCAGAAUAACCUCUCCUGACCUGAAGCCCAUGGGUGUAGGCAGUUGCCCCCCCAUCAAGUAAAUAAAUAACAAUUAUUAACUAAAAGUAGAAUUUGAUAGAUUUUUCUGAGCACUUUUCAAAAGCAAGUAAUUUAAAACGACUGUUGUUGAGACAUUUCAUUCCAAAUUUGCUAGACAGAGCCAGAUAGAGGAUGAUGACAGGUGGGUACAUUGCCCCCCCACUAACACAAAUCCUGGCGAUGCCCAUCCUGAAGCCCCAUUGCCUAAAUCAAUUGCCAGUUCUUUUGCAAGAUGUGAAUGUUUGCAUAGGAAGUCCUUGCUUCAUGUAGAAUAAAAUGCCAAGAGUUUUUAAUGUUUACAUUAGUUAAAAUGCACCCUUAAUAAUGUGUUGCACAGGGAAGCUCUAUCUACCCAAGUGUCUGCAGUGGACAAAGGAGAACCACGGAAGCAGAACACACAGAAUCCUGAUUCUCUUUCUCAGGACACUCAUCAGCUCAACCUGGGUAACUUCAGGUACAACUUUUCAGGUAUCUACCAGAAAUUCAGCCUAAUAUCCAAGCAGCAAGUCAUAAUUCCAUAAUUUUUAUGUCAUCAACUUGGGGCUCUAUUUGUUUGUUUAUAGGCUCCCCACACUUCACAUUAAGGUCCCAGGGCAGAUUACAGCAGUAAAAACAACUUUCAACUAUAAAAACAGAAAAUACCCUCUUCCAGGCAUACCUCUACCCAUAGCCUGUCUGCUUGCCCAGGCACUUUUUCAACCAUUAACAUAGCCUAAGCCGUGUGGAAGGUUGAUCAGCCCUUGAGUGUAUUCAGUAAGCAAUUCAGCCCAGAAAUCCAGUUCAGUAGUUUAUUUACAGCUGUAGAUAAGAUAAUGGGCAAAAUGGAGUAUUUGUGGUUAGUGCUGCAAUUGAUUGGGUGGAAGAGAAUUCCUAGGACUCUAGAUUCAACUGGAAAAUGUGUGGAAUGUAAAAAUAAUAUGGUCGCUGUAAUACAGAAAGCCUUAGCUUUUAUUUCCUAGCCUUCAAAUGCUUAAUUUGGAAACUGUAUCACUUUAUAUCGUUCUAUUCAUGUCAUGGAGCAGUAAGAAAAAAGGCCUUUUAAUUACAGUUGUUUCUUGACAAAAGAGGAUCCAGAAACAACCUGCUUUUUAAGAGAUUUAUGUGUAACUUGCUGUUAACAAGCAUUAUAACCAAAUGUUUUGAAGAAAGGGUUACUGAGUUAAUCAAUUUAUUUUAUCUGUUUUCUAAGUAUUGUUUCAUGUCUCAUCACAGCUUACCUUUUUUGUAAAGGAGAAAGCAUAGUGUAUUUUUGAAUACAUAUUUUACAAACAUAUACUGUGAGCAUAGGCAAGAGAAAAUGUUUAGUAUGGUAUCUUUUUAACUGCAGAUCAAGACAAAGGGGAGGACAUAGAAUAUGUUGUUGUUGAUCAAUUUCAGAAGCAAUUUGGUUCUGCAGUGAGUAUAAUAUUGUUACUUUUACUUAAGGGUGUUUGUUUUGGUUGCUGUUCUGGGAAAUUGUAGUUUAGCCAAGGAUUUCUAAUGGAAUACCCAGCACCAAACUACUUUUCCCAAGGUUCAUUGAAAACUCUGACCAAUCACCAAGUGGUAUAAAUCUAAUAUAAAUCUGAAUGUCUAGAAUUCAUCAUUUGUUAAAUUUGUUUCCAAUUUUUCCACUAAAUGAUACAGCAGUGAGCAACAGUAAAAUCCAAAAUAAUAAUCAAAUCAGAAAAGAGGUAUGUAAAACAUAAAUCAAUAAGAACAACAGCCAGUUGAACAAAUUGCAAUAUUUACAGUGAUUAGCUCAGUUUGUUAGAACACGGUGCUGAUAAUGCCAAAGUUGCAGGUUUGAUCCCCAUAAGAGACAGCUGCAUAAUCAUGCAUUUCAGGGGGUUGGACUAGAUGAUUCUCAAGGUCACUUCCAACUCUACGAUUCUAUGAGAAAGUCAGAUUGUGCUUGAAUAAAAGCAUCUUUGCCUGUCUGGCCAGAAGAAGGUAAUCCAAGAAGAUCCUCAGAGAUUCUUCUCUGAUAAGGAGUUUCAGAAUUUCUCUCCUUUCUUGAUCUUCUACAUGCUUCAGAGGUUGAGAGGAAAAAGGGGAGCCUCUCCUGAGAAUCUUGAAACACAGGUGUAAUGGUUCUAGGGGUUGCUCGUGCGUAAAUCGGCGCCACACCUGGCUGGGUUGCCUGAGUGAACCCUUUCUGUCCGGACAGCCACUCGCCCGUGGCUGUCUCAAUCGCUGGCAGAAUCCGUCAGUGGGCGUUUCUUGAACUUCUUCCAGCAAAGAAGUUCUUUGACGCCUAGUCUCCGCCUACUCUCCCUGCGCGGAAGCCUUCUGCGCAGGGAGGGUGUGGGCAGCGGAGGACCCGUGCUCUCCCCGCUGGUCCCCAGCGAGGAGUUAUGGAGCCACCUCGCCGAUUCCCCCAUCUGCCCCCCUUCUCCACUGGUGCUACGCUGAUUUCCUUCCCCAGAAGAUGUGCUGCUUCUCUCCCUCCCGGGACGCUCUCCGGAAUCCCUCUGGAGCCCUCCCUCUCCCCCUGGCUCCGAUGGCAGUUCCCUGACAACAGGCAAGCUCAUAUGAUGGAAUGCAGUAUUUCUGAUAAUCAGACCCAAAGUUGUGUUGGACUUUGUAUGUUAUAACCAACACUGAAUUAAUGCCUGGAAAUUUCACCAGUAGCCAUUGAAAUUAUUGCAACAGGCUUCUUGUAACUUGUCCUGGUCAAUGGUAUGGCUAUAGUGUUCUGAUGUAUGCCUUGAAUGACCAUGAAUAAACGACUGGAAAAUCUGGCCAUAAAUCAAAAGUACAACUGUUAAUCACUUGUUCAGGCUUGUUGUUGGUGGCUCUUGCAGGAGAGUGUGUGUGUGUGUGUGUGUGAGAGAGAGAGAGAGAGAGAGAGGUGUUAAAAAUCUAAAAUUUUAUUACCAAUUCUAAAUUGAGUUUAAUAAUUUUUAGUGGAUUACUUUAAUUGUAUAAUUUGCCCAUAGAUGAAAGAACAGCAUCUUAACAUACCACCUUGAGGUAAUCACAAUACAAAGGGUAUAUUGUUACAUGAGAAAAUAACAUAGUAAACACCAUCUAGGUGGGAAACUUUUGUUAGGCUGUAGAAUGUCUUACACCUAAAACUUCGUAUUUAAUGACACUGUCUGAAUAAACACUAGUAAUGCUCAAGGAAUGGAAACCCUGGGUUAUUUUUAUCUUUACACUUUGCUGAUUAUCCCUUGUUUCUCACUACCUCCGAUGUAUGCUGGGUGUGAAUUUUUUGUUUGUCACAAAUGAGGCAUCAUGUUCAGUGGCGUAGCGUGGGGGGUGCAGGGGGGGCCGGCCGCACCGGGCGCAACAUCUGGGGGGGCGCUUGCACUCGCAGCUCUCUGCCCCUACCUGGCUCGCUCACUCUCUCUCACUGCAGUGCUGGCUGUGCGAAUCCGAUCCGAGCCGCUGGGUCGCCGCCCACUGUGGAGGGGGUGGGUGCCAGGCAUGCGGUGCGGAGAGAGAGCGAGGGACUAUCUGGGGGAGGGACAGUGCAGCGGCCGCCCAGCGCAGCGCUGAGCGUGGGAGAGAACCACACCAGGCCAGACCAGGCAGCAGCAAGAAGAAGCUGGCAGCGGCAGCAGGUUAGGGGGCGCAAAUUACUUGCCUUGCCCCGGGUUAGGGGGCGCAAAUUACUUGCCUUGCCCUGGGUUAGGGGGCGCAAAUUACUUGCCUUGCCCCGGGUGCUGACAACCCACGCUACGCCGCUGAUCAUGUUUUCUGACCUGUCUUCUUCACUCUCCUUUACCUAGUAGUUUUUCCCCUUCUCACUAGAUGGUGCACAUCAAAAAGCAGAAUGUUUGUAGUGUAGCAGCAGAGGGUGUCAAUUUGUGUCGCCAUGGAAAACUCUCUUGGUUACAGGUAAGAAGGAAUAUUUUAUAAGCACUUAACAUUGCUAUUUGGAACCUUUGGGCUGAAACUUUUGAUUUUGUGUUUCUUAAUCAGUGGUCUUCUUAUAACCAAGAGAUACCUAACAGGAACAAAGAAUAUGCUGUAUCUGGGGUCUUCAGUAUAACUCCCCUUUUCCUUUAUUGUGUUGUUAUGUAGCCCUUUGUUAACAUACACAAAUAUAUUCCUGGGGCCCUCUAGAGUCCUUUGGGACCUUCUAAGCCAUGGGUAGGCAAACUAAGGCCCAAUCGCCUUCUAAAUCCGGCCCGCGGACGGUUCAGGAAUCAGCGUGUUUUUACAUGAGUGGAAUGUGCCCUUUUAUUUAAAAUGCAUCUCUGGGUUAUUUGUGGGGCAUAGGAAUUCGUUCAUUUUUUCCCCUUCCAAAAUAUAGUCUGCCCUCCCACAAGGUCUGAGGGACAGUGGACCAGCCCCCUGCUGAAAAAGUUUGCUGACCCCUGUUCUAAGUGGUUCAGAAGAACAAACCCUCUAAGUAGAUUUGCUUCCCCUACCGCUUGAAGGCAGGAAUGCAUUCUGGAAGGAUUUUGGCUUUCUUCCUUUGAAGCGCCAGUUCUGUUCUUGCCUUCACUCAGAGCACAUCAUAUGUAUUCUAUUUGUCUUCUCUUUCGUCUCAGGUGUGUGUGUUUGUUUGUGUUUGUGUGUGUGUGAUUCUGUUAGGACAAUAAGAUUCAUAUUAUGAAAAUAUUUCAUAAAUAUUUAUUAAUAUUUAAGUAAAACAGGUACGUAUAAUUUUUGUUUCUGUCCUGUAUAUUUAUUAUAGAUUGCAACAAAGAGCAAGGUUUUCUUGUUUGACGUUUUCCUUCUGGGAGCUCGAGUGUUCAAGAAUGGACUCCAAAUGAUACUGGAAGAUCAGAACAUUUUGAAAGUAAGUAUUUGUCUAGCACAGGGCAUCUGAGAACCUAUGUAGAGAAAAUGUGAAAUAACGUAGACAUGGCAACAUCAAAUUGCAUUUAUUUAUAUAUUACUUUUAUCUCACCGACUACUACAGUACCUCUUCCUUGUUUUCUUUAGGUUAUCCAUGACUGCCGGUGGCUUUCAGAUUGUCUUUCUCACCAGUAUGGAGUUAUGCUCUCCAAUGUCUUUGAUACACAGGUAGCUUGUUAGUUACUUGUUCUCUAACUAGAUUUUUCAACACACUUCUCAGUGCUGUGUAUCUAUUGUUUGUUUUCAUUACUUGUUAUUACAUUUUAUAUCUCACCUUUCCUCCAAGGAGCUAAAGUUGGCAUAUGUGCUUCUUCUCUCCCCCCCCCCCCCCCGCUCCAUUUUAUUCUCCUCUGAGAUGCAAAUUGUUAUAUGAUACUGAGUUUUUAAUUACAUUUUAUUGUUUUAUGGUGUAAAUUGUCAUCUUUCAUAAACAAAUAAGUAUAGCUGCAAUCCUAACCCCACUUACCUAGGAGUAAGCCCCAUUAUAUUCAGUAGGACUUAUUUCUGAGUAGACAUGGUAAACAAAUAAGUGGUUGGGACAGAAGAGCCACGGGUUCGAUUCCCCGCACCUCCAAAUGCAGCUGCUGGGUGACCUUGGGCUAGUCACACCUCUGAAGUCUCUCAGCCCCACUCACCUCACAGAGUGUUUGUUGUGGGGGAGGAAGGGAGGAAAGGAAAGGAGAUUGUUAGCCGCUUUGAGACUCCUUAGGGUAGUGAUAAAGUGGGAUAUCAGAUCCAACUCUUCUUCUUCAUCAUCAUCAUCUUCAAAUUCAUAAAGAAAUACCUUAUUUCAAGGGUGUUUGUCUUCAAUUUCAUGUGUACAAUAUUUCACAGAAUCCAGGGGGAAAAACUGAAUUUGAUAGAUAUCUGAAGUCUGUUUGAUUAAUUAUAUACUUCUAUAUCAUAAGAAAUAUCAAAGCGGUUUACAAUAAUAUAUGUAAUAAAAACAUGUUAAAAAAAAUCAGCAAUCAGUUAGCUAUUAUGGGAAGAUGCUUUCUUAGUUGCCUGCAUAAGCCUGACAGCAAAGAAAAGUUUUCUGCAGGCAUUUAAAGGUUGAAACAAAAGAUCCCUGCUGAAUCUUCGUUGGCAGAGCAUUCCACAGGACUGGGCCAAUGACAUUAAAGGCUCGGGUUCUUGUUCCUGCCAGAUGAACCUCGCCAACAACCCUCCUGGAGAAAGUCUCAGUGACCGAUCUUGAAUAUAAGGGUUUAGGCAGUUGAUGUUCUGUAGAGUUAGUAUGCUGUUAGCCAGUAAAGUGUGGGCAUGACAUACUGAUCCCUCGGCUUCCUUUCAUAGGUUGCUGAUGUCUUGCAGUUCUCAGUGGAAACAGGUGGCUUCCUUCCUCACCGUAUCAGCUCUCUACAAGACUGCUUAAUGCGAUACUUGGGGAUGCCCUACAGACGCAUCCCUUUCAUGGAACAAAGGCAGCGUGUGAUUGAGGUAAGUGGGAUGGAGCCAUCCCAUCCUUUUCUGGAAAAUCUGUUCUGGUGUAGCCAGAAUAUAUGUUAUUAGCUAUGAUUAUGGUCCUUUAGAUGCUACUUUUAUGGCAGUUAUGCAAACCUUGUCAAAGAGAGGGUAUACUCCAUAUUUGUUCAUUAGUUUGGUUGCCGGCACAGGACAAGGUACUGCAAACAGUAGAAUAGUAGAAUCAUAAAAUUGUAGAGUUGGAAGGGUCUCUCAGGGUCAUCUAGUCCAACCCCCUACAGUGCAGGAAUCUCAUCUAAAGUAAACCUGACAAAUGGCCAUCCAACCUCUGCUUAAAAACCUCCAAGGAAGGGAAGUCCACUUUCCGAGGGAGUCCAUUCCACUGUCAGACAGCUCUUACUGUCAGAAAGUUAUUGAUGUUUAGUUGGAGUCUCCUUUCUUGUAACUUCAUAGAAUCACUGGGUCCAGGGGGUAUUCACUGGUGAGUUCUUAAAAUAACGCAAAUGUGAAAUAGUUGUUCUUAUAAAAAGAAAAAGUAACUUGCCCCCAGUAUCAGUACUAGAGGCCUGGAAAAUGGCCAACGAUACAUCUGCUAUUAAAAAGGAAACUGGGAAAUUACAUGCCAGAUAGCUUAACAUCUUUUCCAGGUAAAUUGGUGAAAAGCAUUCCUAAAGAAAAAAGUAACAACUGUAUAAGACUCUUGCUUAAGUAGAAUUAACACAGUUUCUGCAAAAAUAAAUCUUUCUUCUAAGCAAACUUAAAAGCCAUGGAUUAAGAGUUCUCUUAUGGACCCACUAGCUCAGGGGUCAGCAAACUUUUUUAGCAGGGGGCCUGUCCACUGUCCCUCAGACCUUGUGGGGGGCCAGAGUAUAUUCUGAAAAAAAUUAAUGAACGAAUUCCUAUGCCCCACAAAUAACCCAGAGAUGCAUUUUAAAUAAAAGCACACAUUCUACUCAUGUAAAAACCACCAGGCAGGCCCCACAAAUAACCCAGGGAUGCAUUUUAAAUAAAAGAAUACAUUCUACUCAUGUAAAACACGCUGAUUCCCGGACCAUCUGAGGGCCGAAUUUAGAAGGCGAUCCGGAUCCGGCCCUUGGGCCUUAGUUGCCUACCCAUGCACUAGCUGGUUAAAUGACAGGAAGCAGAGAAUACAAAUAAAUUGAUUGUUCUCAUAAUGGAGAGAUGUGAGAAGUGGGGUUCCCAAGGGUCGGUAUUGUGAUCUGUGCAUACUAUCCAACUAAGUCAUACUUGGAGUAGUCAGUGGGUUUAAGCAACUUAAGAUCUCUCUGUUUUUAGGAGGAAUAAAAGCCCAUUUUUCUACAUAGGGCAGGAGAUGGUUCUGAAAACACUUGGAAUGCAAAGGUGUUAUCAAGGAGUCCAGAAGCAAGUAGUUCUCUAUAAACAUGUUCUUGGGAGGAAAAGGGGUACAGGGAAAGCCUAGGGAAAUCUCAGGAGUGGAAGGAAGAUGAAGGUCUAAGAAGCGAAUAUUAUAGAAAGAGUAAACAGGUAAAGGAUAGAAGCAUCGGGGAAACAAGAAACCAAAGUUCACAAAUGGCUAAUAGAGGCUUGGUAUGAAAGAUGCAAGAUUCUAUCGGGUACAGAAUACUAGGUAUUUGUGUGUUCUUACCUGGGAGUUCGUCUUACUGAAUUUAUUAGCGAUUACAUCUGAGUAAACUUGCAUAAUUUGUUUGUUUUUUUAAAAAUCUGAUAUUGCUAAUAUGAAUCAUGUUUGUUUAGCGUGGUUAUAAUACUUAGCAUUUAUAUAGUAUAUAUGACCAAUCCUCAAUAGUGUCUUGGUAAUUCUGUAAAGUAGGCCGGUAUUCUCAUACAGGAGAUGGAGGGCUGCAGCUGAGAGUAAAUUGCUAACCUAAAGUCACGUGGUGAGAUCAUAGGAGAGGCAAAAUUCAGCCCAGUGCUUCCUGAUGCACAGCCAGGCAUGUCCAAAGUCCGUAUUGGCGGCCUAAUCUGGCCCGCUGGUUGGUUUCAUCUGGCCCUUGCGGCAGUUUAUCCCCCCCAAAAAAAGCUCAACAAUUCUGGUUGGCCCUGACACAUGUUCACUUCAUCAAAUCUGGCCCUCUUUAAAAAAAGUUUGGGCACCCCUGAGAAAGUCUAAGCCAAUAAGUUAUACCAGCAAUUGCAUUUUGUUUUGUUUUUUUAAAAUAAUAUUUAUUGCUUUUAUACCUUACAAAAAGAAAAAAGCCAAAGAAAAAACAAUACAAUACUAUAAACAAUACAGAACGCAACAUUAACAUUAACACAUUAAACAAAACAAAAGCAAAAACAAUUCAAAAAACACACAUCAUACCAUCUCAAUAUCCUCUUUCAUUCCCUUGUUUCAUCGACCUCCUCUCACCUCCCUUUUUGUAUUCCAUUUCUAUUAAUUGUUUCAGCAAAUCCUUUCCAUCUUUCUCUAUUUUCUGUCAUGUAAUUAUCUUAACAUAUUUUAACCUUAUUUUCCAUUAAUACUAUAAUACUUAUUUAUACUUAAUUCCUUAAAAUAUUUCUACUAAAGCCGUAUAAUUCCCUUCCAACACAGCAAUUGCAUUUUGAACUCCAGUUUGGGAAGUGUUAGUAUUAUUAUUUUUUUCAUUUUACAUUUGGGGUAUGUAGGAAAACCCCGAGAUAUGGUUUGUGCGACCCCUUCCACCUGCAUUGCUGAAAGUGCUGGCUCUGGAGGCAGCAUACCUCCUCCCUCUCCGCAUGUUGCUACUCGAUGAAAUCAUGUCUGACUUAACAACUUUGGUGGAUGGAUAUCUAAAUGCCUUUCGGGAAGGAUCUGCAGAUCCACUGGGGAGCACAGAGGUAAGUGAAACUUCAAUAACUUUCAACUUCCUUAUUGCUGCCAGUCUUGUUUUUAGAUUUCAGAACUGCACAUUACUGAGGUUUGAUACUUGUUUGUUUGUUUGAAUCCUGUUCUGCUUUCAUUUUCCAGGAGAUUCCAAAGCAAUUCACAUUAUAAAUCACAAAAAAUUAAUUGGAAUUGUUUGUAACACCAUCAUAACUAAAUGCAACAGGAACCAGCGCUAGUCAGAGAACGCCUGAGGGAAGAGUGUUUAGUUCAGGGAUUGGCAAUUUUUGUGUGGCUUGGGCUGCUUCACGGUCCCACAGACGCCACGGUGGGCCAGAGUGUGUGCACGCACGCAUGCGCAAACACUAUUUCUGACGCUCCUUCUGGCACGCAGGUAUACGCAGCUUCCCAUUGGCUGCAGGAGCCAGCCAAUGGGAAGCCGGCCAGCGUUGUGGAAGGUGGUCCCCACUCUGCUCAGCGCCGGUUUAGCGCGGUGCACGGGAGCUGACCGAGUGGGUGGCAGGAGUCCCCAGGCAGGUGGCGGGGGGGCCAUGAGCUGGUUAAACGACCCCCAUGGGCCGCUUGUGGCCCAUGGGCCUUAGGUUUCCGACCCCUGGUUUAGUUGAUGCUAGUGAAACCACCCAUCAUUGGUGCCUGCCUAGCCUCAGUGGGAAGAGCAAUCCAAACCCAGUCAAAUAACCUCAGUGUUGUCUACACUGACUGGCAGUGGUUUUCCAGGCAUUCAAGCAGGAAUCUUUUCUAGCCUUACCUGGAGAUGCCAGGUAUUGAAGAUGUGCCUUUUUGCAUGCAAAGCCAAUGCUCUUACCACUCAGGCACACCUCUUCCAAUACCAGAUCCUUAGUAUUACGUUUGAUUGUCUUAUAUCUCCUGCCAGUCCUCUUCGUAUGAAAAAUGGGUAUUUAAAGGACUUACCUGAGGAAUGUGACCACAAAGAGCCAACACACACACCCUGCCCAGAGGGGAGCGAGCCUUGAAAAAGUUGAGCUGGUUCUCCUCCCAACGUCAGGGGAUCCAGUUCCCUUCAUCACAGUGGGUACCAUGCAAGAGUAAAUAUUACUUGCAAAAAUAAGAGUGAAAUGCUAACACACACACAUCCAAUAGUGUUGGGGUUAGGAGGAUGCAGUGUUUGUGUCAGCUGAGAGGCACAUCAUUGGCGAUGGUAGGGAUUUAUCACAACAGAGGCAUCAGUAAGUGCCUGCCAGUGUUAGGCAGCAGAUAGCCAUUUAAAUGGGUUGCUUCAGGGUGGGGAUUUUCAGGCCCCUCAUUGGCAGGGAUCUAACACAGCUGGAGUAGAAUGUAUUGAGCCUUUCAGUGUUUUAGCUCCAUCUGUAGAUUUAACUAUUCUUGAAACAGUAGUAAAAAGUAUAUUACAGUUCUGAUCUACAUGCAUAUGAUUUUUAAUUAGAUAUCCUGUAUGGAGCUACCACAAGAGCUUAGACAACUGGCAGAUUUUUACAAGGAACGAAGAAAGAGGGCAAUGCAGAACUUCCAGCUGAAUGAGGAAGGUCUCCUCAUCAGAAAGCAAUUAGAAACUAUGGGAAGAAGGGUAGCAAAGGUGAAAGAAAACCAGAGAGAGAGUACUGGCUUAAUUCUUUCUAGUAGGGCAGUAUCCCCUAAAACUACCAGUCCUCUCCACCUCUUGGGUCAAGAUGAUCAGGACAACUCUGAAAAAGAAGACUGGCAGGCAAAUCAUUGUAAUAAUCAAUGGGCAACAGUUGGUGCGAGUAAUGUUGAAUCUGAAGCAGAAGCAAGAAGUCCCAUUUGCUGUAAAUCAGUACUGGGGGCAUCUGAGGUGAAAGGAAGAAAACCAUCUCCAGCGUUCAAACCGCAAACAAAGGUAGAUUUGACUUUAGAAGAGGAAAUAAAGGAAUUGUUGACAGAAGGCAAGAAUGAAGACAACAAAUCUGUUUCUGCCCUUUCACCUCCAAAAGCAAACAAUUCUAGGAUCCCAUUUCAAGCUGUAAAGCAAUCUAGCCAAACUCUGUCUAAUGCUGCCAUGAGUAGAAAUCCCUCUUCUCAAACAACUCGUGAUUACUGUCUCCAGGUUCCCACAAGACAGAAGAAUAGGGGGAAGUGAUUUGGCGGUUCACUUUGUCUUGCCUUGGGGCUGCCAGCCCCAAGCCCUGGAGGCAAGGAGCAGAAAUUGUUUCCUUUUCAAAUUCAUUAUUGGAAGACUUCCAUUAAUGGAGCAAAUUCUGGAGGCAGCUGGACACAAUACCCUUCAUGUUGUAUGGCAGUUUCCUGCUCCUAUAAACAAAAUUGAUGUUACUGGUGUUAAUUCUACCACUGUAGUCUUGAGUCCAGUAUUUUUUCCAGAUAUUCCAAAGAACCAUUGAUUUUCAUUCUAUUUGAAUGCUCCAAUUAUCCAACUAAACCUUAAGUUCAUGUAUGUGCUUCCUGUAUUGUUAACUUCAUGACAAAGGGGGAAGGAGUCCCCAACCCUUUCAUGAUGAUUUCAAAAAAACCACACCCAACAACAUAGAAACACAAAUCAUCUGCAGAAUUGUUAGCUGUUCCCCACUGCUCUCCAAUACAGUAUUUGCAGUAAUAUCUUUGGAACAGGUUUUCCAUUCUGGAUCGCAAAAUUCUCCCUGGAGCAAUAUAGAAAGUUAUUUAUUGCACCAGGUACCCAUAAAUAAUAGCAUUAUUUGUACAACAUAGUCUACAAAGGGAACAGCAAACAUUUUUAAGCAGCUCAAUCCUACCCAUGCUUACUCUGAAGUUCAAUUAUCAAUUGGACACGUGAUGCAGUACUGUAUAACUGUGUUCUAGGUUUCAAAAGGUUGUUGUUGUUGUUCAGUCGUUUAGUUGUGUCCGACUCUUCGUGACCCCAUGGACCAGAGCACGUCAGGCACUCCUGUCUUCCACUGCUUCCACAGUUUGGUCAAACUCAUGCUGGUAGCUUUGAGAACACUGUCCAACCAUCUCGUCCUGUCGUCCCCUUCAUCUUUCCCAACAUCAGGGUCUUUUCCAGGGAGUCUUCUCUUCUCAUGAGGUGGCCAAAGUAUUGGAGCCUCAGCUUCACGAUCUGUCCUUCCAGUGAGCACUCAUCACGAUCUGUCCUGGCUUCCUUUUUUUGUGGGGAAAACAAUUACAUGGUAAAAGGCCUUUAGUUGGGCAGCAUUACAGCAGCAGAACUGCAAGGAAAGGAUCCUAAGCAUGCUUAUUUAAAAAUAGGUAUGAGUUGUUCAUUUUCAAAAUAAAAGGGCAAAGCUGUAUAUUGUUUGUUGGAAUUUGAACAGAUGUUUCUUAAAAUGCAAGUGUGUACAUUUCAGAUAUAAACCUAAUAUGCUGGGUUUUUUGGUAGAUGGUUUUCCCAAGAAAACUCUUCACAAGGCAGUUGGAAUGUUUUUCUCUAAAAUAAAAGUCGUGUUUCUUCUUUGUGGUCUUUUUGCAUUCACGUAUAUAGGUCCUGUAUCUGCACAGAGCAACAUCUUUUAGAGCUUCAAAAUGGAAUCCAGCAAUCAUCCUUCAAACAGGUGGCCCCUGCACUGUACACAGGCCUUGAGGAAUAGGCAACCAACUUAGCACCACCCCAUUCACUUUCGUGCAC